CCGCGUUGCCAACUGCUCCUGCAGUUGACAGUUCCUGUAUCCACACGGAGCUUUCCUGCUAUGACCUUGUGGCGAGACUUGGCUCUGGGUUUUCUUCGAUAUCAAAAUCUUUAGGCGCUGGCUUACUAUAAACUUCCAUUCCGGGUUUAGGGGGCCCUUUUUUUAACCAUAGUCUUUUUUGGGUUGGGGAUGUGAGAGAAGCUUAACAGGAGGGAAGGAGCCUUCGAAGCAGACAUUUACCAUGCAGAUGCUCUUCCACAAAAAACAAAGGACGCCCCUGGGCUUCUGUGAUGGCCUGCAUAGUACCUUCGUGGGAUUUGGGAGCAAGGAUGAGAGAGGGUGCCGACCGCCCAAAUACCAUGCCAGCUAUGCACCUUAUUAUCCAAUCCACAAGGCCGCAAGCACGGGUGACGUAGCCACAGUAAAGAACUUUAUUGAACGUGGAGUUUUUGCCAUGGAGCAAACAGAUUGGAAGUACAGGACUGCUCUGCAUUUUGCCUGUGUCUAUGGCCAUCCAGAAGUGGUGACUCUCCUGGUGGAGAGCAGCUGUGAGAUUAGUCCAAAGGACAUUAAAGAUGCCACCCCUCUAAUUAAGGCCUCCCAGUGCAGACAAACGGAAUGCCUUGAUAUUCUCUUGAAGCAUGGUGCUGACCCAAACAUUAUGGACUGUAGUGAGAACACUGCUCUGCAUUACGCUGUCUACAACGGGGACAUCAAAACUGCCACUAAGCUGCUGGAAUACAAGGCAAACAUUGAAGCAAUAAAUGAGAACAAGAUCACACCGCUUUUGCUUGCUCUGAAACAAAACAAGGAGAAGAUGGCAGAAUUCUUAAUCAACAAUGGAGCAAAUGAAAAGACAUGUGAUUUUCUGGGAAGAAGCAGCCUUAUGUAUGCUGUAAGGUGUGGGUCAGAACUUAUCAUCAAGCUGCUUCUGCAAAGAGACAUUGAUACCUUUAAGCAAGAUGUCUUUGGAUGGACAGCUAAGCGUUAUGCCGUCGAGAGUAAAAGCAAGGUUAGGAAACUACUUAUCGACUACGAUGAAGAGGAACUGAGACAACGGUGUACAGAGACUAUCAGGAGAGAUGCUUGCAUAACGCCCAUCCUGCCGACCAGGGAAGUGAAAGAUUCUCCUCAGAGUGAAGCCCUGGAAAAGACAGAGGCAAGACCAUCCAAGUCAGAGACCAUGGAAGAGGACACUUGCAUAAUGCCCAUCCUGCUUACCACGGAAGUGAGAGAUUCUCCUCAGAGUGACAAGGAGGACGACAUCGACAUCGUAGAAAAGGCAGAGGCGAGACCAUCGAAGUCAGAGAACACCAAGACAGAUGCUUGCUCAAUGCCUACUACCACCGAAGUGGAAGAUUUUCAUCAAGAUGUAGCAGCAGAAGAGGCAGAAGCAAACCCAUCCCAGUCAGAACCAGGCUUAGGAGUGUCCCCAGAGGAGAAAGGAAAGACAUCUGACCACAAUGAAAAUAACUGGUCACUGGACAGUGGUAACUCUGGGGAUGAAGAAGAAAACAGCAAAGACAUCUCAAAAGGCAGAGUGCUGGCAUGGGUUGAGAAAGAUGAUUCCUUGAAGCCUACAACUACAGAGAAAAAGUCUUCCUCAGAUGACAUAGAAAUAAUCAUGUUAAAACCAUUCAAUUCAGAUUUGUCUGUAGAGGAGGUCAUCGAAGUGUCAUCGGAAGAAGAACAGAAGGGAGGUGAGGAGGAGGAGGAUGACGACGGCGAUGAUGAGGAUGGUGAUGAUGGUGAUGACGAGGGUGGCGAUGAUGAGGGUGGUAAUGAUGAGGACGGUGAUGAUGAGGAUGGUGGUGAUGAUGAAGGUGGCACUGGACAAGCACAACUUGUGGUAGAAGAAAUGAAGCAGUCUGCAGGGAGAAGUAACCAAGAGGAUCCUUCCAGUAAGCAAAUGAAUAAUGACAGUGUCACCUACGCUAAUGGGAGGACUAACAGCAGUAACAAUGAUAAGCUGUCCUCAUUCCACGAAGACGAAGACUUUACUGAGGACUCCAAGGGAGCAGCGACAGAGCAACCCUUGGGAAAAGAUGAGAACCCCAAGUCACAGAGAGAUGAAGAGUCAGAUGAGACCACUGAGGAAGAAGAAACAAAGCCACCAUUAGGACAAGAUAAGACAUCCAUACCACAGACAGACGAAGAUUCAACCGAGGACUCUGAGGAAGAAGCAAGAAAGCAGCCAGUAGAAAAAUGUAACCAAGAGAAUUAUUGUCAGAAGACAAAUAAUGAUAAGAACUUUGCACAGAUAUUUGAAGAUUCAAGUAUGGACUCUGAGGAAGAAGCACCAGAGCAGCCAGUGGGGAAAAGAAGCCAAAGGAGUCCUUAUAAGAUGUCCAUAUUACAGAAAUUAGAAGAUUCAAGGGAUGACUCUGAGCGUGUAUUUGAGUGUCUUUCCAAGAAAGGUAUUGACCAUUUACAUGUUGCUGCAGAUCAAUCAGGAGAUAAGCACAUUAAAGAAUCUCCAAAGAAGUAUCCUCUCUUUAAGCCCACCAUUGAAAUGAGCGACUUGGAUCCUAAAACUGCAUUAGGAAUGGCAGAUGUGCAGACAUUAACAUCAGCAAAUUCAGAUUCAGAAGUGACAUCAACAGAAAAUGAAAAAAGUCACAGUGAUAGUACAAUUAAUUCACCAUUGACUAUAUUUAAAUAUAUUCCACGGAAGGAGGAGAAUGGUUAUUUAGCUGUAAGUUCACAUCUACAAGGACAAAAUACAGCAACAGGACAAAUGAAAGAACCAGCGGCUGACCUGACAUCAAGAGAAGAGAAAGAAAGUGACAAUGGCAGAGAAUGUACCCAGGCUUCUAGUAUCUCUGAGACAUAUGGAUUAAAGAAGAUUUUGGGUUAUUUACAGAGGAUACCAGACCAACAAACACAAACUAUGGCCACAGGAAGGACUGCAGGAGUCAAAGGAACAACGUCACGAGAAGAGCAAAGCCAAAGUGAAAGCAGCAUGAGCGACCACUCAUGGACUUUCUCAGCUCCUCUGCCACAGAGGGUAGAUAUGAGUCCUUUGACUAGAAGCAGAGAUCAUCCUGGAGAAAAUAUGGCAAGAGAAAAAUCGAAAGGCAACGAAGUGACACCCAUAGAAAAUCUCAGAAGGCAUGAGAGCCAUGAAAGUGUGGAGUCACUGUCUUCUUGGUCUGUGUCUGAGCAUCCUCCUCUGGAACAAGAUGUGGGUCAUUUGUCAGAGACUGCAGAUCCUGGAAGAGAAAAUACCAGAAAUGGUGAAAUGAAAGUAUUUUCAGAUUUUUCAAAGGAAAGUCCUACUCAGCUCAAGCUUUCCUUUAAAAGGAAAAGUUCAUUUCUAAAGAGAGCAGUGGCAAAGAGGCAGGAAAGGCCGUGGGAAUCAGCAGAACCUGACAAAGAAUUGACAUUAACAGAAGAGCAAAGAAACCAUGCACUUAGGGGAAGGUCUGAGUCACUGCAAAAGGAAGAUGUUCAGCAUCUAACUGGAGCUGGAGAUCAAAGAAGAGAAAGUCAGACAAGAUACACAAUAGGAGUUCUAUGCAAAGAAGUGACAAUCAAAAAAAGACAUAGGAGACAUAAAAGUCAGAAAAGUUUUCAGCCAUUGGUUACUCGCAAGCCUAAUCCACUGAAUGAGGAUAUUGUUUGUUGUACUGGGAUUGCAGGUCAAGAAAGAGAAAAUGUAGUAAAUGCAGAAAUGAAAGCAGUAUCAAGCACUGAAGUGAAAUUCACAGAAGAGCACAAAACAGAAAACAGUGUUGAAAGCACAGAGUCAAUGAAGAUCGAUGUGAGUCAUUUACCUGGGACGGCAAAUCAAAGGAGAAAAACUAUUACAAGUGGAGAAAUGAAAGAAGAAUCAAGAAAUGAAGAAAGGGCAGUGGAAGAGCUCAAAAGACAUGGGAGCCAUCAAAGUCUCCAGUCAUGGACUACCUCUGAGACUUUUUCACUGGAUGAUGUGGUUCAUUUAGCCAGGACUAUGGAUGAAAGACCAGAAACUACCACAAAUACAGAAGUUAAAGCAAAACCACACAGAGGAGUCCUGACACCAGCAAAAGAACAAAGAAGACAGGAGAGCAUGGAAAAACUGGGAACACGGGCUACUUCUGAAUGUCUUCCACAGAGAAACAACGUAGAUCACUUAGCUACAAGUGAACAUCAGGGAAAAGAAAAUAUGACAAAUGAUGAAAAAGAAGCUACAAAGAAAGAAAUGGCAUCAACAGAAGAGCCCAGGAGGAACAGUGGGAAAGAAAAAGUCACACCUUUGAUUGUUUCUUCACUUCCUUCAACAAGAGAGCAUCUGGGCCACUUAGCCACCACUGUGCAUCAAAGAAGAGAAAAUAACACAAGUCUAGAAAUGAAUGGUCCAUGCAAUGAAGAGAUAUCAACAGAAAAUGACCAAAAUUGUGAUAGCCAUGAAAGUGUUCGGUCAUUGAGCAUCUCUGAGGCACUUGCACAGGAGGAUGUUGUACACUUACCCAAGACUGCAGAUCAGAGAGGAGAACAUGUGGCAAGUGGACAAAUGAAAGGAAAACCAAGCUUAUAUGUGACAUGCAGAGACCCGAAUGGGGAAAAUGGCAGUAAGAACAACCAGCCAUUGCUUAAACAUAAAAGGAAGACAAGACUCAGCAACAAGAUGGACAUAGUAGAAAAGCCAUCUUAUGGCAACACUACUGCUGCUGCUGGUGGUGAUGGUGAUAAUGCAGCUGCUAUUUCUGAUACUGCUGUGAGAAAUGGAUUCAUCCAGCAAAUGCAUUGUGGGAAGGCUAGUAACCAUCAAUUUCCUGUUACACAAAAAAAGCAUGUUAGGCUGACUAAGAAAACAUCCAGUGAAAAGAAUAAGGCUCUAAAGUACACUGAUGCUAUGGAUGACCACCAGUUAUCUGAAUCACUCUCUGAGGAUUGUGAUUUGCCUGAUUAUGACAAUAUAUUGAUGUUAGUUGACCAACUUCAAAUGAACUAUAAAGAUUCUGGAAAACCAUUGGAAAUCCAGGAUGCGGUUCAUUCAUAUAAAAUGAUACUAGAACGUAACCAAAAUCACUCAGAAUUGCUUAUCGCAAAAAGUAAGAACAAGAGAAACCAAGGUCACAGGGUGAUGAAGAAGCCACGAGAAACAGAAAAAGCAAAACUGCAGCUCAGAUGCAGACGUGAAGAGCAGCAGCUAGAUCUCCUCGAUGUGGGAUCGCCUGAAAAACAAGACGUGCAGCAAAGAAAUCCUGAUGGUUGGUAUGAAGAAAUGAAGAAAGAAUUAACUGAAAAGGACCAACAACACGAAAGAGAAAAGCAACAACUUGAACUGCGCCUUAGAGCACAGGAUAUGGAGCUGCAGCAUCUCAGAAAUGAUAUAAAUAAGUUGCAAGAAGCACAGCAUCCAGAGACAGAGGCUGGAAAUGGUGACAGCAUGACGAAGGGACACCUGCAAAAGGUUGAACGUGAAGUUUUGAAGUUAGUAGAAACCAUCAAAAAGCAAGCAGAGACCAUAGAACAGCUUGAGAGAAAACUAGCAAAUGAAGAUAAGAUAUUGUCAGGAACUGGCCGUCUGACACAAGCAGGACGAGAUUUCUUUAAUGCUUUCAGAGAAAUGUAUACUACUUCAGUAAUGAGCCAGUUGGAACUCAGAACACAACAUCUGGAAAGGGAAUUCUCUGAAAUGAAGACCCGAACGUGUGAGAAUGGUGUGGUGCUGGAAAACUAUGUCAAACUUCAUCAGUCACAUAAGUUGAUGGAGACUGAAGCGAAAAUGAAGGAGGCCAUGACCCAGUUUGCCAUGCUGACUCAGCACAACACUGCAUUACUAAACUUGCUGAGCUCUGUAUUUGCUUCUGAGUGUCCCUGCAAGGGAUCGGGAAGCCUCUUUACCCAAGAGAACACGCUGACUUCCACUUCAGGCCCACAGCCUGCAAAUCAGUCCAUAACAGCCCACCUGGAUGCGCCUGCAGAUGACAAUGAAGAUUUCAAUAAAGCACUCACCAAGUCGAGUCUGUCUCCACAAUCUGAGCUGCAUCAAAAAAAGGAGAAAUGUCUGGAAUCAGCUAAAGAGAAAACUCUUUCAAAGAGUUGGGUGGCUGUUAUCUGCAGCAAUUGGAUCUUGCUAUCAGUCAGUGGAGAGAAUUCAGUUCAUGAGACUUAUACAAAAAGUUCCAUAUCUACUGAUUCAUCAUUUGUCCCCAGUAUAAUAAGAAAAGAUAAAGAAACUCUUAAUAACAUACAAGGGAACCACAAUACCUUGGUCAUAAGCCCAUGGGAAUUCAGAUGUACAGAUCUGGAGUCUGAACACUCAGAAGAGAGAACUCAUCACGCCUUCUGUAAAGCUGAACCCGAACAGUAUAAGGAUCCCUGUCUAGAACGGGUAGCAAUGACACGUUCACCAUCUCAAGCACAACUAAGAUCUAAGGACCGACAAGAUGGGCCCAUGAGGAGGAACUUUAAUGAAAGGGAGGCUUAUAGUUCUACAUCAAAUGCAGGCAUGAUGAGCUCUGGUCCAGAGUUUGGAUCUGGACAACUCUACAACAGUUUGGGAUAUAACAGAAAUUUCCUGCAAAGAGAACCCUUGAUGACAACCUCGAGACCACAGACCUUUGAGAAUUCAUUGAGCUUCCCAAACAGGGUAAGAGAAGACAAUCAGCAAACUUCUUAUGACAAAGUAGGACACCAUAAUGCCUCACGCGUAAAGCCACAGAAAGCCACACUUUCAACCCUGCAGUCCAAACACCCAGAAGUAACUCAUCAAGCCUUGCGUAAGGCAGAACCAAAAUGCUAUGAGGAGCCACAUCCUGAAAGGAUACAGAUGACAAGGCCAUUAACUUAUGACCAACCCAAGUCUAAGGACAGGCAAGAUGAGUCCAUGAGGAGGAACUUUGUUAAAAUGGAGGCUUAUAGUUCUGUGCUAAACACGUAUACAACGACAAGCCCUGCUCCAGGGUUUGGAUCUGGACAAUGCUGCAACAGUUUGGAACAUAGCGGAAGUUUCACGCCGCCAAUCUCCAGGCCAUGGCGUUUUGUGGAGAGUGUGGAUAGCUACCUAUGCAGGACAUGGCAGCAGUUAUACUACCACUACUAGAGAAGACAAAGAUGGUACAUUUCUGAAAUGCUCAAAUUAAGCUUAAUCAGUUCUGAAAUAAGUUAUCAUAAAUAAUAAAUGGCUUCCAUUCCCUUCGAUCUGCUGAUA